AUGAUGGAUCAAGAACGAGCAUCAGAGAGCCCCUCGACUCCUACCCAACCGGUCCGGUCACGUUGGUCACCUAAACCGGAGCAAAUCUUGAUACUCGAAUCGAUCUUCAACAGCGGUAUCGUUAACCCACCCAAAGACGAAACGGUGAGGAUAAGAAAGAUGCUUGAGAAAUUCGGUGCAGUGGGAGACGCAAACGUCUUCUACUGGUUUCAGAAUCGACGGUCAAGAUCCCGCCGGAGACAACGGCAGCUUCAGGCAGCCACCGCCGCGGCUGUCACUACUAGAGGAGCUGAAGACCACCAGCACGUCACGACGAUGAGCAUGCAUCAUCACCAUGGUGGUGCAGUUUCUUACAGCAACAGCGAGAUUGCUUUGGGAUAUGGAGAUUGUAGCAACUCUUCAUUAGCUAAUUACUUCCAAAAUGGAUCAUCAUCUCAACUCUCUUCAUUUCUUCUCGGCCUCUCUUCAGAUGGUGUGUGUGAGAGCAACAAUGGCACGGAGAAUCUCUUCUCAAUGUAUGGACAUGAAUCUGAUCAACAUCAUCAUCACCAACACAACUCUAAUGCCGCAUCAGUUUUAAGCCCAUCUGAUCAAAACUCCAAUUUUCACUACCAACAAGGGCUAAUGACGGUGUUGAUAAACGGAGUUCCGACGGAAGUAACAAAAGGAGCAAUAGACAUGAAAGCAAUGUUCGGUGAAGAUUUGGUGUUACUUCAUUCCUCUGGUCUUCCUCUUCCCACUGAUGAGUUCGGUUUCUUGAUGGAUUCUUUAGAACAUGGCCAAGCUUAUUUCCUGGUACCGAGACAGACAUGA